AUGCCUAGUAAGGACACCAAACCAUCUAGUGACGUCAUCAUCGUGACUAGAGAAGACACCAAACUACCUAGAGACAACAUCACCCUGCCUAGUAACGACACCAAACUACCUAUAGACAACAUCAUCAUGCCUAGUAAGGACACCAAACUACCUAGUGACGACAUCAUCCUGACUAGAGAAGACACCAAACUACUUAGAAACAACAUCAUCAUGCCUAGCGACAACACCAAACUACUUAGAAACAACAUCAUCAUGCCUAGUAACGACACCAAACUACCUAGAGAUAAGAUCAUCAUGCCUAGUAACGACACCAAACUACCUAGAGACAAUGCAGCAUGCCUAGUGACGACACAAAACUUCAAUGUACUUAGUGACGACCCACCCUACCUAGAGACGACACCAUCAUACCAUGUGACGACACCACGCUGCCUAGUGAUGACACCAAGCUUCAAUGUUCCUAGUGAUGACCCCACCCUACCUAGAAACGGCAUCAUCAAGCCUGGUGACGACACCUAA